CGUCGGCCCCGGGGGCGGGACCGCGCGGCAGCGAGCGGGCGGGGGGCUCGUGGUGCGCGCGCCCCGCACCCGAGGGCUGCGGAGAGAUAUUUUGGGUGGCAGGAGGCCCCUCGUCAUUUCCGCCGGGCUGCUGGUCGUGCCGGGGGCUUCACUCUCGCGCACGAGGCGAACGGGCAAGUUGGCUGCGGGCGUGUGGCGGCAGCUCCUUCCAUUAGCGCUGCGACCCUCGGCAGUGCAAGCCAUGAACUGAAGCCCCGGAGGGACGGAGACCCGAGCGGAGUUGCGGAGCCACGGCAGCAGCCGCCGCCUCAGCGGGGAGCGAGCAGACCCGGCGCGGAGCCGCGACCCCGGCGCCUUUCCCUCCCCGUCACCGCUCCCACCGCUGCAGCCGCGAGACUCGACACACAAAAGCCGCUUUCUCCGCGCCGCCCGCCCAGCGAGGCAGCAGCCAGCGAGGGACCCCACCUGAGGGUGGCUCGGGCUGCUGAGUUCGUUUUGUGUCUGAGCUCCGAGCUCCGCGCCCCGCGCGGAACCGACCCUGUGCUCAUGGCUCUGAUCAUGGAACCGGUGAGCAAAUGGUCUCCGAGUCAAGUAGUGGACUGGAUGAAAGAUUACUGGUCUGUCGACAAAUCUGCUUUCCUAAAUGACGAUGCACGUAAAGUCCCUUAUAAUGCCCUAAUGGAUACUUCAGAGACGAGUUGUAUACUGUGUGCCAGAAUACAGUGUCUUGAUGACUGUUUGCAGCAGUAUAUUAAGAACUUUGAGAGGGAGAAGAUCAGUGGAGACCAGCUGCUGCGCAUUACACAUCAGGAGCUAGAGGAUCUGGGGGUCAGCCGCAUCGGCCAUCAGGAACUGAUCUUGGAAGCGGUUGACCUUCUGUGUGCACUGAAUUAUGGCUUGGAAACAGAAAAUCUAAAAACCCUUUCUCACAAGUUGAAUGCAUCUGCCAAAAAUCUACAGAAUUUUAUAACAGGGAGGAGAAGGAGUGGCCAUUAUGAUGGGAGAACCAGCCGAAAAUUGCCAAAUGAUUUUCUGACUUCGGUUGUGGAUCUGAUUGGAGCAGCCAAGAGUCUGCUUGCCUGGUUGGACAGAUCACCAUUUGCUGCUGUCACAGACUAUUCAGUUACAAGGAAUAAUGUCAUACAGCUCUGCUUGGAAUUAACAACAAUCGUGCAACAGGAUUGUACUGUAUAUGAAACAGAAAAUAAAAUUCUUCAUGUGUGUAAAACUCUUUCUGGAGUCUGUGACCACAUCAUAUCCCUGUCAUCAGAUCCUCUAGUUUCGCAGUCUGCCCACCUUGAAGUGAUUCAGCUGGCAAACAUCAAACCAAGUGAAGGGCUGGGUAUGUAUAUUAAAUCAACAUAUGAUGGCCUCCAUGUAAUUACUGGAACUACAGAAAAUUCACCUGCAGAUCGGUGCAAGAAAAUCCAUGCUGGUGAUGAAGUGAUUCAAGUUAAUCAUCAGACUGUGGUGGGGUGGCAGUUGAAAAAUUUGGUGAAUGCACUACGAGAGGACCCGAGUGGUGUUAUCUUAACUUUGAAAAAGCGACCUCAGAGCAUGCUUACCUCAGCACCAGCUUUACUGAAAAAUAUGAGAUGGAAGCCCCUUGCUCUGCAGCCUCUUAUACCUAGAAGUCCCACAAGCAGCGUUGCCACGCCUUCCAGCACCAUCAGUACACCCACCAAAAGAGACAGUUCCGCCCUCCAGGAUCUCUACAUUCCCCCUCCUCCUGCAGAACCGUAUAUUCCCAGGGAUGAAAAAGGAAACCUUCCUUGUGAAGACCUCAGAGGACACAUGGUGGGCAAGCCAGUGCAUAAGGGAUCUGAAUCACCAAAUUCAUUUCUGGAUCAGGAAUAUCGAAAGAGGUUUAAUAUUGUGGAGGAAGAUACUGUCUUGUAUUGUUAUGAAUAUGAAAAGGGAAGAUCAAGUAGUCAAGGAAGACGAGAAAGCACCCCAACUUAUGGCAAGCUACGACCUAUAUCUAUGCCAGUGGAAUAUAAUUGGGUGGGGGACUAUGAAGAUCCAAAUAAGAUGAAGAGAGAUAGUAGAAGAGAAAACUCUCUACUCCGAUAUAUGAGCAAUGAAAAAAUUGCUCAAGAAGAAUACAUGUUUCAGAGAAACAGCAAAAAAGACACAGGGAAGAAGUCUAAAAAGAAGGGUGAUAAGAGUAGUAGCCCGACUCACUAUUCAUUGCUACCUAGUUUGCAAAUGGAUGCACUGAGACAAGAUAUCAUGGGCACACCUGUGCCGGAGGCCACACUAUACCAUACAUUUCAGCAGUCUUCUCUGCAGCACAAAUCAAAGAAGAAAAACAAAGGUCCUAUAGCCGGCAAGAGCAAAAGACGAAUUUCUUGCAAAGAUCUUGGCCGUGGUGACUGUGAGGGCUGGCUUUGGAAAAAGAAAGAUGCGAAGAGUUAUUUUUCACAGAAAUGGAAGAAAUACUGGUUUGUCCUAAAGGAUGCAUCCCUAUAUUGGUAUAUUAAUGAGGAGGAUGAAAAAGCAGAAGGAUUCAUCAGUCUGCCUGAAUUUAAAAUUGAUAGAGCCAGUGAAUGCCGCAAGAAAUAUGCAUUCAAAGCCUGUCAUCCUAAAAUCAAAAGCUUUUAUUUUGCUGCUGAGCAUCUUGAUGAUAUGAACAGGUGGCUUAACAGAAUUAAUAUGCUGACUGCGGGAUAUGCAGAAAGAGAGAGGAUUAAGCAAGAACAAGAUUACUGGAGUGAGAGUGACAAGGAAGAAGCAGAUACUCCAUCAACACCCAAACAGGACAGCCCUCCACCCCCCUACGAUACAUACCCACGGCCUCCCUCCAUGAGUUGUGCCAGUCCUUACGUGGAAGCGAAACACAGCCGGCUCUCCUCGACAGAGACCUCUCAGUCGCAGUCAUCCCAUGAGGAGUUUCGCCAGGAACUGACUGGGAGCAGUGUGGUGUCCCCCAUUCGCAAGACAGCCAGUCAGCGCCGCUCCUGGCAGGAUUUAAUCGAGACGCCCCUGACGAGCUCAGGGUUACACUAUCUUCAGACUCUGCCCCUGGAGGAUUCCGUCUUCUCUGACUCCGCGGCCAUCUCCCCAGAGCACAGGCGGCAGUCCACCCUUCCAACUCAGAAGUGCCACCUACAGGAUCACUAUGGGCCGUACCCCUUAGCUGAGAGCGAGAGGAUGCAAGUGUUAAAUGGAAACGGGGGCAAGCCUCGAAGUUUUACUCUGCCUCGAGAUAGCGGGUUCAACCACUGCUGUCUGAACGCGCCGGUUAGUGCCUGUGACCCGCAGGAUGACGUGCAGCCCACAGAGGUGGAGGAAGAGGAGGAGGAGGAGGAGGAGGAAGGGGAGGCAGCAGGGGAAAACAUAGGAGACAAAAGUGAAAGUAGGGAAGAAAAGUUAGGAGACUCUUUGCAAGAUUUAUAUAGGGCAUUGGAGCAAGCCAGUCUGUCACCACUGGGAGAACAUCGCAUUUCAACCAAGAUGGAAUACAAGCUAUCGUUUAUAAAGAGAUGUAAUGAUCCUGUGAUGAAUGAAAAACUACACAGGCUAAGAAUUCUCAAAAGCACUUUAAAGGCCAGAGAAGGCGAAGUAGCCAUUAUUGAUAAAGUCCUAGACAAUCCAGACUUGACAUCAAAAGAAUUCCAACAAUGGAAGCAGAUGUACCUCGAUCUUUUCUUGGAUAUCUGUCAAAACACCACCUCAAAUGACCCAUUAAGUAUUUCUUCUGAAGUAGAUGUAAUCACUUCCUCCCUAACACACACUCAUUCAUACAUUGAAACGCAUGUGUAAGUGUAUUCUGCCCUUGGCCAUGUGGUACCUUCUGGUACUUUGAACAAGUAUAUAAGGUAGUUUUUAUAUCAACGUGUGGGACACGUGACAAGCUAUACUUCAAUGUUACCAAAACUAUAUGAAACAAACCCUAUAUGGUCAUAAUACCACUGUCUUUAAUGAGCAUUUGUAUAUUUUAUAUGCAGUUAGUGCUCAGCUUAUGUUUACCAUGUGCAAAAUCAGCUGUCUUCAAUGACUUAAAGUUAACUUUUGCAAACAACUCUGAAGACAGGUGGUCUUCAAGUAGAAAAAACAAAAAGGCGGUUUUCUAUCUAAGGUCAUCUUUUCUCCCUUUAAGUUAAUUUUAUAUAAACAAGACUUCAAAACUAAAUCACAUUUUUUCAGGUGCAGACAUCCUUGUGGGUGGGAAAGAAUUUAAACCUUUUUUAUAUUUAUUAAAAUGUUCUAAGAAUUUUCUUAAACAUUGCACAAAGUUUAAUGCUGUAGUUUUAUUUUUGUGAAAUGUAGAUGCGCAUACAAGAGUUAAGCAAAACAGAAGAGCAUCAACAUAAGAAAAGUUCAGGUAUCUAAUAUUCGUCUUAAUAGUCUAUUAACUUGUGAAAGCUGGUUAAUGGAAAUAGUAUUCCAAAUCCAUGGGGACACUUAAUGGUGUAUCAGGGCAAAGCUUUGUAAGAUGUUUUUGUAACUGAGACCAAAAUUGAAGAUAGAGCUGCUUUAUUUUCUUGGUUUAAAUCUUCCUUUAUUUUUGUAGUGAUGAAAUGCUGAUUGUGUAUAGAGGACUUUGAGAGUGGAUUUUUUAAAACACACUUAACUCACCCAGAAAGGCAGCUAACAUAUAUAUAUGUGUAUAUGUAUAUAUAUGUAUGUGUAUAUAUAUAUAUAUAUAUAUAUAUAUAUAUAUAUAUAAUUUCAGCCCAAACUCAUUUUUUUAAACUCCAACUUCUAAAAAGUUACAAGGUAUAAACGUAAAUGAGUCAACUUCCCAGUUAGGGUCAAUUUUCCCCCUAGUCCAUUAGUUAAACUUUAUAUAUAAUUAUACUUCAGGCAGGGAAGUAAAAUAUGUUUACUUACAGGCUGAUGUAUGUUCUAAUAUAGAAAACAAUGUUGAAAAAGAAAAAUGUACCUCUCUCCUGAGGAGCAAGAGGAUGAUGGUCAUUCAGAGAUAUAUUACAUUGAAUUAUACGAGAGAAACAAUUUUUAGAGGUUUUUCCUAGUUUCAUGAUUUGUUCUAUAGAGUGGAUGAAGUCUAUGAAAAAAUCCUCUUCAUGUAUUUCCAUUUAUAAGCAUCUCGUUUUUGAAAGUGAUCACAGCAUGAUAAUGACUGUGCUGCUUUUUAGUGUCUGGCUGCAUAACGUAUAAGUCACAAUUUGCUGGUUUGGGGUUUUGUUUUUUUAGGAGGAGGAAGAGACCCUCCUUUACUAUUCUAUAUCCUAAAAUCUACUUCUAAUCAGCUUUAUACUGUUGCCUGUACAGCUCAGUGAAUGAAUGUACUUUCAUCUCUAAGAGUUCAGAUAUCUGCCAGUGAAUAUUUUUGCUGUAGAGGAGAAAGUAAAAACUCCACAGCGGGGAUCUUUUCCUUUGCUUUUGAAACCACCAUUGAAUCACUAUCGUUUUGCAGACUUUGCACAACUGUACAGGAGAGUGGCCUUUCUACAGCACAUUUUCAGUAAUCCUAUAUUUAGUCAAAAUGGAUGAGAAAUCAUGUAUUAAUGUUUGUAUGGAAUUUUGGGUCCGGUGUAAUAUUUUUAUCAUUUAAAAAAACUAUUUGUAAAAACAUUUAUUUACUGCAUGGGUGUUGACGCACAUUAAAUUUGUGGGAUUUUGUAUAUGUAAAAAAACAAAAGCAAAAAAACAAAAACCUCUUGUCCUAAAAUGAAGUGUGCUUGUUACAGGUGUUUAGACUUGUUAAUGUUUACUAGACCAAAUGCGUACAUUUACUUAAAAAAUAUCUGUACCUGAUGGAUGUGUCGUGGAUACAGUGGCCAGGUUGUGCCCUGGAAACAGUGAGCAGUUGAUGGAAAGACUAGCUGUGUUGCUACUAAGCGGCUUUUACUUUGGUAAAGUUGUUUUAAAUGGUAAAAAUUAAACUAAUGAAUUUUAAAAGACUCGUGGCUAGCCUAGCAUGAGAGACCUUUUAACACUAUAUAUCUGUACAUUUUAUUGCAUUAGUUUCAAAUCUAGGAGAGAGGCAGCACUGUAAACUGAAGUCAAAUAAAUUCAGCUCUUAAUGAA